AUGCGUCCCUUUGCGCCUCAGGGCCUUCGGCCACUUCGUUCCCUCUUCACGCACACUCCCACUAUUACUUCUACUCGUACACAUUCAUCGCGCCUCUUCUCGUCACAAAUCAUCCACCCGCGCCAUGUCCCUUCAGCGGCAAUCUUCUCUCAACCUCGGCGCAUCCUCCUACCCACCGCGUUCCGACAAAACUCCACAUCGUCGCGUCCUCUGACUGAGGACCCCAGUGACAGGACCGAGACCGACGCCGAGCGCCGGGCAAAGAAUGAAGACCGUCGCAAAAACGAGGAAGCUUACCGGAUCGCCUUUACUUGCAAGCCAUGCGGCGAGCGCUCUUCGCACCGCAUGUCGAAGCAGGGUUACCACCGUGGCACAGUCAUUAUCCAAUGCCCCUCGUGCGAAAACCGCCAUGUCAUGAGCGAUCACCUUGGUAUUUUCUUCGAUAAACGGACAACAUUGGAAGAUCUGUUGAAGGAGAAGGGCCAAACCCUGACUCACGGUCACACUGAUGGCAACUUGGAGUUCUGGGAUGACGGCACGACGAACAGCUUCACGUUGGAUGGACAGCAGGUGUUGGACUCCUCUGACAAGAAGUCUUCCUGA